GGCGAGGUAACGGUGUACAUGCGUGGUUGUGUGUGCUUCGCUUGAUCACGGUUGGCUGACAUUCAUUUUGCGAAAAUGCCGGUUUACAGCACGCUGGAGUGGAUGCUACAGUUAUGUUGCCUUGUGCUACUGAUUCCCUGCAGUUUUACCAAGGAUAGUCCGGCAAACGCAACCUUUAACUCAACAUGCAAGCCAGUUCCCAAUUUAAUUCGGCCGCCGUACAGCAAAGUGAACAUUUCCGAGUUAAUCGCCGGACGGACCUGGUAUCCGUAUAUGCUGUACGACAGCAAAAACGCCUCCAAUCCCGUGUACCUAAACCCGGAAAUCCACUUCACCCAUGUUGGCCACGGGAACGAGCCGACGCGGAUGUCACCGGCGGAAGUUAUAAUCGAACAGGAAACAUAUUUCGAUGUCAAUCGGACAUGCAGUGACCUUUUGGAAAUCUCCUGGUUUACCACCGACGGACGGCAAAUAGGUUCCGCGUUUGACGUCACAGUGAAUAACACUCUCACCGUUAACUCUUUCGAUGAUUCGAUAUUGUGGAAAACCGACUUGAAGACCUUUAUCAUGUUCCACAACUGCGAUACGCGCAAUUCGACAACCGGCAAUUGCGAAAGAUUAUACAUUUAUCUCCACACCAUAUUCAAACCCAAUGUGCUGACCGCCGCCCAGAAGCAGACGAUUGUCACCGCCGUCAACAGCCUCCUGAAGCCGCACUGUUUGAGCGUAACCGAUUUCCAGGUGUACCGCUGGGACGACACCCUGCCGGUGUGCCCGCACAGUGAUCGGGAGAAGCAGCCGGAUGCCUUCAAGACACUGGUCGAGGCCUAUACUUUACUCGUCGAAAAGCCGGGUUCAACCAAUUCGACGGCGGCGAACUAAGUCCUUUAAUAAAUUUUCUGAGAGUUGCUAAUGAAUAUGUGCCAUCCGCCUCAGACUAACCAAAAUGUUUACGAAAUUUAUGAUUCAUUAUCGUCAUCCCUGGAUUUCAUGCACAGCAUUUCGACCAGCAAAGAUUGACCUUUUGCGCAAACUACCUUGUGAUUAACGUCGUUCUCUAAAACUAUAAAAGUAUAUUACACUUUAUGCAAAGUAAUAUACAUACUGGUGGCCGAAUAACUUCAAGUACAACAGCUGCAAGUGUAGGUGGUUAAUUUACUUUGUAUAUACAGUCUGUAUGUACUCGUACUUUGAUAAUGUUAUAUAGUAUUCGCCGUAUCAUCCAAUAACUAAACCUCGUCAAUUGCAGAAGUGGCUUAGCGUAGUGAAUGGG